CUUCAACUAAUAAAUUUAAUUGAUGAAGAAUUGGAAAAUCCUAUUCUGUUCGAUGCAAAUAUUGUACUAAGCAUUGGCAAAGAGGAAUACGUACCAACCGUAAUAGAAUCACAUUUAGCAAAUGAACGUUCUAAUUGCCUAGAAGACAUACAAAAAUACUGGCAAGAUAAAAUUCAUAAUAGAAAAUAUAAAUCAAAUUCUUAUUCAUUGUAA